ACAAAAUCCCUGCGCCCGCCUUGAUAUGAGUGCAGCGAUUGAUUACUUGGACGCCGCUCCUACCUCUAUCACAGUCGCAAGAAUAAACGACAACUCGCCACUUCAGUCUCCCACUUAGCGUUCCUUCUGCAAAGGCACAUCUCUGGCACUGUCACGACUCUCUUUGUACCUGCAUGCCCACCAUGGGCUCCAACAAGAUCCUCCCAGAAGAAGGCAAGAAGAAUAUCCUCAUUACAUCCGCGCUGCCAUACGUCAACAAUGUUCCUCAUCUUGGCAACAUUGUAGGCAGCGUUCUCAGUGCCGACGUCUUCUCGAGAUACAACAAGGCUAGAGGACGCCCAACCCUUUUCGUAUGCGGCACCGAUGAGUAUGGCACCGCCACAGAAACGAAAGCGCUCGAGGAAGGCGUGACACCCGAAGAGCUAUGCGCAAAAUACAACAAAAUUCAUGCUGAGAUCUACGAGUGGUUCGAGCUGGGCUUCGACAUAUUUGGCCGCACCCCUACGAAACAGCAUACCGAGAUUGCACAAGAGGUCUUUCUACAGCUCCAUGAGAGGGGACACCUGACCGAACACACCAACAGUCAACCAUUUUGUGAAAAGCACGGAAAGUUCUUGGCCGAUCGUUUCGUCGAAGGCACGUGCCCAAAAUGUGGUUACGACGAUGCUCGAGGAGAUCAAUGCGACAAAUGCGGCAGCUUGCUAGACCCCCUUGACCUGAUCAAUCCAAGAUGUAAGGUGGAUGGUGCGACACCGGUGACGAAGGAGACAAAACACACAUAUCUACGCUUGGACGAGCUGCAACCUAGAAUCGAAGAAUGGUCGAAAAAGUCCAUUGAGAAAGGCGGCUGGUCAAGAAGUGCGAAAGUCAUUACAGAAGCUUGGUUGAAGCAAGGGCUGAAAGAGAGAGGGAUAACGCGCGACCUCGCAUGGGGUGUACCUGUCCCCCUACCAGGCUAUGAGAACAAAGUCCUAUAUGUGUGGUUCGAAGCCUGCAUAGGAUAUCCAUCAAUCACCGCCAACUACACGGAAGAAUGGCAAAAGUGGUGGAAGAACCCCGAGAACGUCGAAUUAUACCAGUUUAUGGGCAAAGACAACGUCCCUUUCCACUCGGUCAUCUUCCCUGGUUGUCAAAUGGGCUCUGGAGACGAGUGGACUCAGCUACAUCAUCUAUCCUCGACCGAGUACCUCAACUACGAAAAUGGCAAAUUCAGCAAGAGUCGCGGGAUCGGGGUCUUCGGCAACAACGCGAAGGAAACAGGCGUACCCCCGGACGUGUGGAGAUACUACCUCCUGAAAAACCGGCCCGAGUCGGGCGAUACACAAUUCGAGUGGCGGUCUUUCAUCGAUGGCAACAACUCUGAAUUGCUGGCCAAACUUGGCAACUUCGUCAACAGAGUUGUCAAACUCGUCAACUCGCCCAAAGCAUAUUCCGGCGUAGUCCCGGAAUUCGACCUGCAGAAUCUGCCUUCGUCCUUCAACGAGCAUCUGACGGAGAUUACGGAGCAAUUGAAGCAAUACCUUGCUGAAAUGGAAGCCGUGCAUCUCCGCAAUGGUCUCCUCGUUGCCAUGAAGAUCGCAGAAGCAGGCAAUGGACUCAUUCAGGCUCAUCGCCUUGACAAUGCACUCAUCGCCAGUGAUCCAACCCUUGCCGCCGCAGUAGUCGGAACAGUCAUCAACCUGAUCUAUCUUUGCUCGGCGGUCUUUGAGCCUUACCUGCCAGCCACGUGUGAAUCGAUACGUAAACAGCUGAACGCAGGAUUUCUCCAGAUCCCCACUGAGGACGAUAUCGCCAAUGGCUGGUUACCGAAAUAUAUCAAGCCAGGGCACACCAUUGGGAAAGCAGAGUAUUUGUUCACCAGGAUAGAUGAGAAGAAGGCCGAUGAAUGGAGGGAGCACUUCGGCGGCAAUCAGGCCGAUCGGGAGAAAAAGAGGAAGGAGGAGGAAGAGACUGCAGCGAAGAAGCUUGCACAAAAAGAAAAGGUCAAGGCGAAGAAAGCCGCACAAAAAGCCGCUGCUGCAGCAGGCGGCGAAGGCGUAGAAAAGAACGCAAAAGGUGGAGCCAAGGGCAAGGAGUUGGCAAACGGUGUACCAGCAGUCGGGGAAGACGCGGCCGUGGACAAAGUGGUCGAUGGAGUGGCCCAGGUAACAUUGCCAACGUCAUGAGGAAAAGCUAUGGUUCCUACCGCUCAUGCAAGGGAGCGUGCUAGAGACGGCAGUCAAUGUCGGAAAGAGAAGACUAAAUGAACGGAUGCCAUCUGCAGAAUCUACCAAGUUCGAAUGAUGAGCCCUCGAAUUGACGGCGCUCUAUCGGACAUGUCACGACAUGAGGCGUCUCCGUGCAUGAUCCAGGAGGGAAGGACCAGCACCAAGUUCAACAAAAGAUGUAUGCCAUAUUGGAUGGAGAACCCGUGGUUUAGACCAUGUACGGGAUGUCAGUAUCCAGGAUAAGGAGCAGAUCAAUGCCUGAGGCAGGAGAACACAGAGAACGAUAAUUGUCAGAACUGCACAUCAGGAUUGAGACCCUUUCCGUAGUAAUAGUGCCGCUACUGCCUGAACGACCCGCCGUAGCCUAGUCUUGGC